AUGGACGCUGCGCUUGUGUGGCCUCAGACCUGUAUCAUGAAGCUGGAAGACGAGGACAGGUCGGCCCAUGGCUCGUCGGACAAGCGCGGGAGACGUACAACCAAGACUUUCCUCGCCCGUCUGUGCGAGCAGGCCGAGCGGUACGAUGAGAUGGUCACGUACAUGAAGGAGGUUGCCAAGCUGGGUGGCGAGCUUACCGUCGACGAGCGUAACCUCCUCAGUGUUGCCUACAAGAACGUGGUUGGCACUCGCCGUGCCAGCUGGCGUAUCAUCUCGUCCAUCGAGCAGAAGGAAGAGUCCAAGGGCUCCGACAAGCACGUCGAGACCAUCCGCGAGUACCGCCACAAGAUCGAGACCGAGCUCGAGAAGGUCUGCCAAGACGUCCUGGACGUUUUGGAUGAGAGCCUCAUUCCCAACGCCGCAACCGGCGAGUCCAAGGUGUUUUACCACAAGAUGAAGGGUGACUACCACCGCUACCUCGCUGAGUUCGCCUCGGGCGAGAAGCGCAAGGUCGCUGCCACCGCCGCACAUGAGGCCUACAAGAGCGCCACCGACGUCGCCCAGACAGAGCUCACGCCGACUCACCCCAUCCGCCUGGGCCUGGCUCUGAACUUCUCCGUGUUCUACUACGAGAUCUUGAACUCGCCCGACCGUGCCUGCCACCUGGCCAAGCAAGCCUUUGACGACGCCAUCGCCGAGCUCGACUCGCUAUCCGAAGAGUCGUACAGGGACAGCACCCUUAUCAUGCAGUUGCUCCGCGACAAUCUGACUCUGUGGACGUCGUCCGACGGCGCCGAGCCGGAAGCCGCCCCCUCCAACGACCCGCCCAAGGAGGAGGAGAAGCCGGCCGAGGCUGCUGCCGAGGCUGCGGCCGAGUCAGAGGCCAAGGCAGAGACCAAGGCCGAGGAGCCCGCCGCACCUGCGUCGUAA